AUGGAGCUUGACGUGGUGGAAGAUAAGCACAAGCAGACCAUCCUUGUUAACUCGACGUGUUUCCAUCACAGUACAUCACCAUCAGCAUCACAGCUGAGCAACGCAACACCUCCAUCUUACAACAGCAGCCAGACUCCUGUUGACUGUGGCAACAGUUCAGUUGCAGAGAAGACUCUGGAGGAGACUGUUCCUGUUGGAGACGCUGAGAGUUGUACAGACAUGGCUGUAACCGGGGAUGAGUCAGAAACAGGGAGCACAGGCAGCAUGAAUGCCUGCAAUAUGCAUAAAUCCAGCUGCAGCUCUCCUCUGGGAUCUAUGAUGGCUGGCAGUAACAGCUCCCAGGAGUCUGCUGAGGAGGUCUUACGAAAGAGGGAGCUCCGCUUGUUGAAAAACAGGGAAGCUGCUCGGGAGUGUAGACGAAAGAAGAAGGAAUAUGUAAAGUGCCUGGAGAAUCGUGUGGCUGUGCUGGAAAACCAAAACAAGACUUUAAUCGAGGAGCUUAAGGCCUUGAAAGACAUCUACGGACAAAAAGUUGAAUAAGACUAAAGGAAGAAGUGGAAUUAUGUGGACUGUCAAACACACAAAACACUCCUUAUCCAUACUGUUAAAUGUUUACAUGAUGAAGUCAAUGUUUCUGGUUUCUAAUUAUCCACCAGCAGCAAACUCAAUGGACUUUUUGAGGUCAGGUUUUUGUCAGUGAAAAUUGUAAGGAGCUUGUGUUUGCAUGGGGAGCGAGAGGCAGAAGGAGAGCCGAGCAGUCAUGUUUCAGCUCGAUAUCAGUCAGCUGCUGCCCCAAACACCACAUGAGCACAAAUCUGAACCCACGACCUAAAUCUGUUACAAAUGGCAUUAUUUAUUUAUUCCUCGCAUCAUUUUCACUGGACUGCACUCAGCACUGUAUUUGACUGGCUUAAUAAAAUCCAUGCUUUGAAAA